AUGCCCUUCGGCGGUCGUGCCCAUCUGCCUUACUAUGCUUACACCUGGUGUCCAUUCCCCGUUCAUCGGGCCCUUCUAGCCGUGGAAGACCGCCUUUAUGUCUCUCUGCAAGUGGAUCGCGGUACGAACGUGCUCGACGCCGGCUGUGGAGAUCGCCAGGCCGUUCGUCGCGCCCGGAAGAAGGACCUGAAAGUGACCGUCCACCGCCACGAUAACCAUCAUCUCGACACUGUGUCGUCUGACUCGCCCGAUGGCGUCUAUACCAUCAAGACGCCGGUCCAUGCCUUGGAUCUGUCCACCGUGGUGGGCGAAAUCUACCGACUUCUACGGGGGGCCGUCGACGCAGCAACCACCCCGGAGGAUCAGAAGGUGCGUGAGUACGGCGCCCUCACGACGGGGUCGGCCGCGCAACGAGGUCUGGCGCACAGUCUCGUCCAGAGGGGGUUCCAGGAUGUGCGUGAGGCGGAUCUCACGCGGAAUGUGUCGGCGUUGCAACGGGUGUUGGUCGUCGUGCUAUGGGUGUCAUGUGUGGAGGUGGUAGCGCUGGGUUUGAAGGCUUUUUUCAUCAACACGAUUGCGGUCAUGGUCAAUUAUCGUCAAGGGUGGAAGUACAUGGCAGUGACGGGGAGGAAGCCGGUUGCGUCUAGAUCAGGACCGGGAUCAGGUUGUUGA